UUGCCGUCAAAAUGAUUGCAACGAAAAUAUAUUGUGUUUUGUAUUGACUUUCGACAGCAUUUGGCUAAUCAUACAAUCAAUUAGUAUUACUUCUCAUCCCAUUUGGCACUCGUGUCCAACACUCAUACUUAACAAAUCACUUCAUUUGUAUUUAUUAUAUAAUUUGGCGUCAAUUGAGUGCAAGACAUGUCCGAUUUGAGUCAAUUCGUGGUGGCCUUCGACGACCUCCUGAGCGAUGCGUUCGUCACUUAUGUGUCCCUUUCG